AUGAGUAAUACAAAUGCGGUACCACAUGUUGAUCGUGAGCUGGAUUUAUCGAAUACUGGCAGAGGUGUAUGGCUAGUGAAAGUACCAAAAUAUAUCGCGACAAAAUGGGAUAAAGCACCCGGCGAUAUUGAAGUAGGAAAAUUAAAGAUAUCUCGUGUAGCUCGUCAAAAGCCUCAAGUGCAAUUGUCGUUGUCGGAGGGAGUUCUUUGCCUUAAAGAACCGGGAGAACAGAGUAUACCAAAAGAACAUCGUCUUGAUGUAACCAAUGUUACUAGAAUGUCUCUUGGAGUCUUUUCACAUGUUGUUCCUAUGCAAACAGACUCAGUUAUACCUGAAUCGGAGAAAUUGUAUAUGGAAGGAAGAAUAGUUCAAAAACUGGAGUGUAUACCUUUUGCAGACCCAAUAUACUAUAAACUCAAGUCUGAAUCAAUAAGAAAAGCAUCUUUGCCUCAAAGACAAGUUCAACAGCUAGAUAAAAUUGUACACAACUUCAAACCUAUUUCAGAACACAAACACAAUAGAGAAUAUCGUGAACAGAAGAAGGCAGAAGGUAAAAAGGCCCGUGACGACAAGGAAGCCGUGCUCAAUGUGCUAUUUGCAGCGUUUGAGAAACACCAAUAUUACAAUAUUAAAGACUUGCAGAAGAUUACAAGACAACCUAUUGUGUAUUUAAAGGAAAUAUUAAAAGAAGUAUGCAAUUAUAAUUUAAAGAACCCCCACAAGAACAUGUGGGAAUUAAAGCCGGAAUACAGGCAUUAUAAGCAAGAAGCACCCGUUGAACCCAAAGAAGACAAGAAUAGUUCUGACAGUGAUUAA